AAGGCACCAACAAUUCUCAAAUCUCUCUCUCUCUCUCUAUAAAACUUUCUCUCUCUUCGAUUAUCGAAACCCAAACCAUCGAAACCCUAACCCUAGUCCCCAAAUCUCACACAAUAUUCACUCGGAAAACGCCGAUUCAGCUGCCGUUUCGCUUGACGAUCGGAGAGGAAGUCAUCCGAGCGAGUUGUGUUCGUUUGAAGCCAUGAACAAGGUUUUGAUAGAGCUUAUAUUAUGAUGAUAAGACGUCUAGGGUUCUGUUUUAAUUGCAUGGGGAUUGACUUUGAGCAAUGCCUGAGCUUCGUAAAGGGGUACGCCAAGGCCGAGCUGGUACUUUAGCUGCUGCUCCUGCUGCUGCUGCCGGUACUGCGACCAACCCUAUCGUCAGGCGGAACCGCGUGAAGUCACGUGCUGCGGUCGCGAGGGAGGCGGCGGCGGCUCAGAGGGAGAGGCCGAGGACGAGAUUAGCUGCGAAGAGAUUGAAGCAGCAGGAACAUCAUCAAGAAGAGAAGGAGAACCAGCAACAACUGGUGAUUGUGAUAUCGGAGAAGGAUAAUAGUGAAUUGGAGAGAAAGGAAGAAAAAGGCAAAAAAGGAAUCAAUAAUAAUAAUAACAACAACAAAAAGAUGGGUGAUGAUAGUGGUGGGUUGAGCGCUAAUAAGGCUGUUGGCCAGGAAGAGGAGGGCAGUACGGCGCCGUUUCCUGAGAGGGUUCAAGUAGGAGGGUCACCUGUAUAUAAGAUCGAGCGGAAGUUAGGUAAAGGUGGAUUUGGUCAGGUCUUUGUUGGUCGUCGUGUUCAUGGUGGAACUGAUCGCACGUCAGGUCCUGGGGCCAUGGAGGUAGCUCUGAAAUUUGAGCACAGAAACAGCAAAGGCUGUAACUAUGGCCCACCAUAUGAAUGGCAAGUUUACAACACUCUUGGAGGUAGUCAUGGAGUGCCAAGAGUACACUACAAAGGAAGGCAAGGAGACUAUUAUGUAAUGGUUAUGGACAUGUUAGGGCCUAGCUUAUGGGAUGUGUGGAAUAAUUCAGGGCAGGCUAUGAGCUCUGAAAUGGUAGCUUGUAUUGCGGUUGAAGCUUUGUCAAUCCUGGAAAAGAUGCACUCCCGAGGUUACGUGCAUGGAGAUGUAAAGCCAGAGAACUUUUUACUUGGUCAGCCUGCUACAGCACAAGAGAAAAAGUUAUUUCUUGUUGACCUUGGAUUAGCAACAAAAUGGAGAGACAGUGGUAGUGGGCAUCACGUUGAAUAUGAUCAGCGUCCUGAUAUGUUUAGAGGAACUGUUCGAUAUGCCAGUGUUCAUGCCCACUUGGGAAGAACUGCCAGUAGAAGAGAUGAUCUUGAAUCUCUUGCAUAUACUCUCAUCUUCUUACACCGAGGCAGAUUACCCUGGCAAGGCUAUCAGGGUGAUAAUAAAUCCUUCCUAGUUUGCAAAAAGAAGAUGGCAACCUCCCCAGAAAUGCUCUGCUGCUUCUGCCCCCCACCUCUUAAGCAAUUUCUUGAGAUCGUGGUAAAUAUGAAAUUUGAUGAGGAGCCCAACUAUUCCAAGCUAAUAUCAUUAUUUGAGGGUUUGCUCGGACCAAAUCCAGCUGGAAGGCCCAUAAAUACUGAGGGUGCUCAAAAGAUUAUCUAUCAAGUUGGCCAAAAACGGGGCAGAUUGAAUGUUGAGGAAGAAGACGAUGGGCAACCCAGGAAGAAGGUUCGUUUAGGAGUUCCUGCUACGCAGUGGAUUUCUGUUUACAAUGCUAGGCUACCAAUGAAGCAGAGGUACCAUUAUAAUGUUGCUGAUGCAAGGUUGGCACAACAUAUCGAGAGAGGAAUGGCUGAUGGCCUGCUUAUUAGUUGUGUGUCAUCUUGUUCUAAUCUUUGGGCGUUAAUUAUGGAUGCUGGAACUGGUUUUACUAGCCAAGUUUAUGAGCUAUCACCUUUCUUCUUACACAAGGAAUGGAUCAUGGAACAGUGGGAGAAGAACUUCUAUAUUAGCUCUAUUGCUGGUGCUAACAACGGAGGCUCUCUUGUAGUGAUGUCCAAAGGCACCCAGUAUACUCAACAGUCUUACAAAGUGAGUGACUCCUUUCCCUUCAAGUGGAUAAAUAAGAAGUGGCGAGAAGGGUUUCAUGUAACCUCAAUGGCAACUGCUGGAAGCCGAUGGGGUGUUGUUAUGUCUCGCAAUGCUGGCUUCAGUGAACAGGUUGUGGAACUGGAUUUUCUCUAUCCAAGUGAGGGUAUCCACAGACGAUGGGAUAGUGGUUAUCGAAUUACGUCAACAGCUGCAACUUGUGAUCAAGCGGCUCUUAUCUUGAGUGUUCCCAGGCGCAAACCUGGUGAUGAAACUCAGGAAACUUUACGUACUUCUCAAUUCCCAAGUACACAUGUUAAGGAAAAAUGGGCGAAAAAUCUGUAUCUUGCCUGUCUAUGCUAUGGGCGAACGGUAUCUUGAAAUCACCUAUUUGAAGGAGCAUGGAGGGGAUUUUGAUGCUUAUAUAAAAAAAGAAAAAGUGGUAGAUCUUGUUGAUCCCAUAUUCUCCUCUAAUUUUGCUGAAGAUGUAAAAAAUGGUAGUAGGUGAUUUAGUUGAGAAUUUUUAUUCACAUGUAAUGUUAUUAUAUAUUAUAUAUAUUUUUAUUCAACAA